AUGAAACUCCGGUUUGCUGCGUUGACGACUGUGCUUGCUGCGGCUGUUACCAUUGUCUUAGUAUACACGCUAAAGGGGUAUUUUGAUAGCAGUUUUGAUGAAGCUAGUGAGCUAUCAAAUAAUAUUAAAGCCUCCUUUCUUCCUGAUUCUCUUGCUCUAUCGCGUUUAAAAACCAGCGGGAAACAAGAUCUUAAAGAUACUCUUUGUUUGGGGACUGCAUCCAGUAAUUACAAAGAGCAUCCUUCAAAGAAACCUUUUUUCAUCAUGGGGUCUGGAAUAGCAAUAGUUACUCUUUCUGCUUUACUGAUCCAUAUUUUGCAAUCAGAUGAACCUGCUAACUCAGCUCAAGAUCAUAAUUAUAUUUUAGCGUACGGAUUCCUCAUAUUAUUAGCUAUACACUUUUUUACCCCGCUUCUCAAUAUUUUGAUAUUUGGCCGAAAGAACUUGGUAUUUGACCAUAAGCUACUGGUUCGCAUAUAUUUAGAGCGCUAUUAUGGGUUUAUUGAGGCCAUGAAAAAACUCGAGCCUAGUAAUCCCAAUUCAAAUCGUCCUAAAAUUAACAUACCGAACUUAUUUGACGGGGUUAACGUUUUAGAGACGUAUAUAACUAUUUUCCCCAACACCACGCAACUAUUUCCGGACCCUUUAUCAUUUUCUGACACUGCAUCACCAGAAACUUUGAAACUAAUCAAAAAUUUCCCACCAAACCUUGUCUACAAUAUUCUUCAAGAUUCUACAUUCAAAAAUCACUCGUUUCCUGAAAAAUUUACAGGCUACAGACCCAUCGGAGAUGCCCAAAGCUAUCAAUUUUAUUUCGUCAUAAUUUACGAUGACCUGAAGUAUUAUCCGAUUAUAAAUCUACACGUUAAUGAUAUGGUCAAUUCUUUUCUUUAUAAUUGCUCCCUUGAUACACUUUUAAACCCUGAAGAGCGAUUUAUGCCCAUCAUAAAUGGGACUAAUACAGAUAUGUUGAAAGAAGCACAAAACUCUCUUAAAAUUUUGCAAUCGAGAACCUCAGAGGCGAUUGCUUUGAGUCUUACUUUUCCAAAAAAUACGACUGAAAUUAAGAAGCUAUAUGACUCUGCUGAAUUUGUCGCUGCCAGAAACUACUUGAAAAGGUUCUUGACUAAAGGUCCUAUAUCUUAUAAUAUUCAACGUAUAUUAUUUCGUAACCCUUUGCCCCAAUAUUAUCCAUACUCUCGUUUAGAGUUAAACCUAAUUGCUCCUGAAGAAGAAUCUGUGAUUAAGAAUCUGCCGGGAAUAAGUCUGGAAAGAGUCAGGAAUCGGCGGGGAAUAAAUCCGGAAAAGGCCAUUAAUCUGCAACGACAUGAGCCUGGAAAUGACCAGGGAUCUGCCAUUAAUCUGCAACGACAUGAGCCUGGAAAUGGCCAGGGAUCUGCCAUUAGUCUGCAACGACAUGAGCCUGGAAAUGGCCAGGGAUCUGCCAUUAGUCUGCAACGACAUGAGCCUGGAAAUGGCCAGGGAUCUGCCAUUAGUCUGCAACGAAAUGAGCCUGGAAAUGGCCAGGGAUCUGCCAUUAAUCUGCAACGACAUGAGCCUGGAAAUGGCCAGGGAUCUGCCAUUAGUCUGCAACGAAAUGAGCCUGGAAAAGGUCAGGAAUCUGCGGGGAGUGAGUCUGCAAAGGGUCAGGAAUCUGCAGGGAAUAAGUCUGGAAAGAGCCAGGAAUCUGCAGGGAGUGAUUCCGGAAAGGGGCAGGAAUCUGUCAUUAAUCUGCCACGAAAGGACCAGCCUAUAGCCCGCCCCACAAAAGCUGGGGCUAAUAUCCAGUAA